AUGGCUCCUCUCACACCUCAUUGGAAGCAACCCUCGCACCCGGACAUCCAGGACGUGGUGAUCAACGAGCAGGAGUUCACCUCCAAGAGCUUAUCCAAGGUCUCAUUGCCGCCUUUCGGCUUAUAUGCCAAGAUGGACUUCCCUCCGUGCACACUGGCCGACAAGCCCACAUAUGCCACUGUCCAAAUUGACCAGGACAAGCAUUUGAACCUGAACAGCGAUCUGCUUUACAUCAACCAUUCGUGUGAACCGUCAUUAAUAUUUGACACCGCAAACCUCAACAUCUUGGCAGGGCCCAAUGGCCUCAAGGCCGGAGAAGAGUUGACUUUCUUCUAUCCUUCCAGUGAAUGGUCCAUGGAUCAACCCUUCGACUGUCUAUGCGGCAAGCCCACUUGCCGCGGUCGGAUCGCAGGCGCUAAGGACAUGUCGAAGGAACAGCUCGAGGGCCUCUGGAUCAAUGGCCAUAUCCACAAGCUCUUGGAGCUCAAAGCUGCCGAGGACGCAAAGUUGUCUGGAAAUGGCAACCAUUUCGUCAAGGCGGACCGGCGAGCUACAGAGGAUCCAACCGCUCAGGCGCUGAGAGAUGCCCUGAAGCAUGCGGAAAAGGUCGUAGAGGCUGCCCAGCUUGCUCUGCACUCUUACAUUGAGUCAUCUGGCUCAGGGUACAAUGGAGCGUCGGCCUCACGACGUGGACCAACAUCCAGGGAACUCAGUGGUGAGAUGGGUGGCGAUACGGUUCUUGCUUAA